CGUUUCCUCGAAUUUCACCUGCAACUCCCAGGUUAUCAGAGAAAACCUCGUACCCUAUUUUUCUGAGAUAAUUCUCCUUGAGGAGUGGUUUUGAAACAAAGGAGAUGCAUCUUUUUUGACACAGACUUGUCUUGGAGGUUUUUUUUCUAUUGGCUACAACAGGUUUUUAGGAUUGCACGUGUGGUAUUAGAGAAAUUAAAAAAAGAUAGUUACAGAGAUAGAUACAGUGAUUGAAGGCUUAAUCCAUUUCUAAUACUUGGAGAGGGAAACGCCACGCAAUGUCGACGAGCUUGUUUGCUGGCGUUGUUUUGGGUUUACUCGGUACUUUAGGUUCCUCCGCGCAAGAAUGUGGCCGUCCUCCCCUAAUGGAGAACAGGAUCGUGGGGGGGAUGGACGCCAUGGACGGGGCUUGGCCCUGGCAGGUGGACAUACAGACACGGUCUGAUGGUCAUAUCUGUGGAGGCUCCAUCAUCACAGAAAACUGGAUCCUGUCAGCAGCACAUUGUUUUGCCAACCCGUCCGACGUGAGCCCUUACAUCAUCUACGCCGGUCGGUACCAGUUGAACGGCCUCAAUCAGCAUCAGUUGACACGUUACGUGAGCCGGAUUGUGAUCCCGUAUGGUUACGAUGAACCUCAUAAUGGCAAAGAUGUGGCACUGGUGCAGCUGUCCACGCCACUAACUUGGUCAGAUCAUGUCCGUCCUGUGUGUUUACCCGCCUCCAGCACCUUGUUCCCAGCUGGAAUGAGUUGCUACGUAACCGGCUGGGGAAACGUCCGGCAAGAUGUUCCUCUAUCAGGAGUUGGGACUCUGCAGGAAGUGCAGGUGCCAGUCAUCUCCCAGAGUUCAUGUCAAGAGAUGUACGUGACGGACCCAACGGAGGAGGUGGACAUCCUGUACGAUAUGAUCUGUGCUGGAUAUCAAGAGGGUGGCAAGGACUCCUGCCAGGGGGAUUCAGGAGGCCCCCUAGUCUGCCAGAUGGUAAAUGGGACCUGGGUGCAAGCUGGAGUCGUGAGUUUUGGGCUGGGCUGUGCCAACCGAAACAAGCCAGGUGUGUAUACCAGGCUGACCAGCUACUCUGGCUUCAUCAGGAACACGAUACCAGAGAUCCAACUAUACGGCCGAGCUCAUCGGAGACGGAGUGGGACUGUUGCUCUGCUGGUCGGAUCCCUGUCCACUCUACUGAUGCUGGUUCAAACUGCUCGUGGUACAAGUGGAUCCAGAAGUGUCCGCAUGGCAGCGACUCCAGGUGUACCGACAUGGGAGAGAAAAGUGCGCAUUCUUCUGUGCCUUUUCGGGUUAGUUUUGUCCGUUUAUGCUCUUCACGUCGAGCUGUCCCGAGAGAAAGACCCAGAUUACAGAGCGAUGUGCGACCUGGGGGAGUCUGUGAGCUGCUCCAAGGUUUUUAUCUCCAGAUGGGGACGUGGUUUUGGUCUGGUCCAGUAUUUUGUGGCCCAAGAUAGCCCUCUGAACCAGCCCAACAGCUUGCUUGGCAUCAUAUUCUACACUCUGCAGAUGGGCCUUGGGCUAUUUCUGUCCAAAAAAGCAGCACUGGCCUUGGUCCUCUCCUCCUGGAUCUCCGUGGCUGGUUCAAUUUAUCUUGCAUCUAUUCUGGCCUUUGUCCUGGGGGAUUUCUGCAUGUGGGUAGAGUCAUUUGCCACGUCAGCUGGAAGGUCACUGAUCAAGCCAAAUCUUACAGAACAUGUGCCCAAAGUGUCCGUGGACAGGACGCUGAAUAGGGGGGUCCUGGGGUUCCUGAAUCAAUCCUCCUCAUCUAACCAGUCCCAAUGCAGAGCUAUGGCUUCCUCCACACCCUCCUCUUCCAUGUGUGGCAUCGCUUCACCUCAGCCCAGGAUAGUUGGAGGUAAAGACGCUGCCCCUGGAAGUUGGCCAUGGCAGGUCAGUUUGCAGAGAUUUGACAGCCAUCUUUGUGGUGGUUCCCUAAUCAACAAGGAAUGGGUGUUAUCUGCUGCUCACUGCUUCUCUAGAACCAGUUCAGUCAGAUUGCAAGUUUCUCUCGGCAUUCAGAACCUGCAGGGUGAAAACCCAAAUAAGGUGUCCAGAGACGUAGCCAAAAUCAUUAUACACCCAAACUAUGACAGGAGCACCAACAACAACGACAUUGCUCUGCUCAGACUAUCCUCGCCAGUGAAUUUCACAGACUACAUCAUGCCUGUGUGUCUGGCAGCAAAAGGAAGUGUGUUCAACAGCGGCACUGAAAGCUGGGUCACUGGCUGGGGUAAAGUCAGAGAGGGAGUGUUGUUACCAUUCCCUAAAACUCUUCAAGAAGUAGAGGUGCCGGUCGUAGGGAACCGACAGUGUAACUGUCUGAAUGGAGUUGGUAUGAUCACCACCAACAUGAUCUGUGCUGGUCUUCUGUCAGGAGGCAAAGAUUCCUGUCAGGGGGAUUCAGGUGGGCCAAUGGUGAGUAAGCAGGAUUCCGUGUGGGUCCAAUCUGGAGUUGUUAGUUUUGGUUUCGGCUGUGCUCGUCCCCGUCUGCCAGGAGUCUACACCAGAGUGUCCCGUUACCAGUCCUGGAUCAGCUCUCGUAUCCGUUUGGAUAAACCAGGUUUUGUCCAGUUCAACUCCACGGGAGUGGAUGCUGAUCGCAGCUACACCUGUCGGGGUCUGACAUCUUCUCCAGCCACUCCACAGACAACACAAACUACAACUCUAACUAGUCCUUUAUGUUAG